AUGAGAAAGGUGGUGAUGUUUGCUGGAAUCAUUGUUGCCUUGUGGUCCAUCUCCCAACUACUCGUCGUCAUCUUCACCUGCACGCCCAUCGAGAAGUUUUGGCUGCCAGAAACGCCGGGAACUUGCAUUCCCAACCUGCCUUUCUGGUAUAUCAACGCGGCCGGCAACAUUGUUACCGAUGUUAUCGUUUUUGUCGUUCCUUUGCCAGCUCUUAGCAAGCUGAACCUGAAGAAGAACCAAAAGGUCGCAUUGAUCGGUAUCUUUUGCUUGGGUUUCUUUACCUGCGCCAUCUCCGUUAUCCGCAUCCAGUACCUCCGCCUCAGCGAGGAUGUCACAUGGGACAACGUCGCCUCCUCAUGCUGGUCCGUCGGUGAGCUCUGCUCCGGCAUCACCUGUGCCUGCCUCCCUACUCUCCGCCCUCUAGUCGCCAAGAUCUUUCCCUCUAUGAACUCGAGCAACGACAGCUACGGCAGCUAUCAAAAGUCCUCCGGCCGUGAUGGGACGGCCCCAAGCAAGAGCAAGAGAUCCCGCAACGAGACAGGGAGCACGAGGAGCAUCAUCUACCCCGAGGAUGUGGAGCUCCAGAGCGAUGACAGGUCAGACAAGGAGGUCAGGGUGGACAGGGUGGAGGACCACGCGCAGUAUGGGGAUGCGGUGAGCAAGCUCAAGCUGGGUCUCAAGCCUUCGGUCACUACGGAGAUCAAGGUCGGGACACCUGGGUCGACUUCUUCGAGACCGGUACCGAGUUCGCAGUGGGGUAGGGGGAUUGAGGUGAAGCAUGAUUUGGUUGUUACCAAGGAGGGGUUCUAA